AUGAGUUUGAACUGCUUGACUUGCCAGGUCCUGAAAAGAACUGACUCGGUCAAUGAGAGGGAUCACUCUGGCCGUAAACAAAAGCCUAACCUGACAUUUUGCUGGGGAAGUGCAGCUUGGUCUCCGAAUUACGAGCAAAUCAGAAGUGAGCCAACGUCGAAGAAGGUGAAGAAGGGUCAUCGCCGCCGGAAUACCAUUCACACGACGUAUGAGUCCAAGGGUCUCGACGCUGAUCACGCCGAGCCAAGGCUGGUGAGGAGCAGUGGGAUGAGGAGGGAUUGGAGCUUUGAGGAUUUGAGAGGACCAGGGAUGAUCGAAAGAUGA